UACUGCUCUGUGUUUUUAACAGUUUUUAAGUCGCCAUGGAUAGUCCCGACGACAACACCACAGUGUUCCGAAUGAUGGGGGAGUUUAAGAACUACAUUGCCAAAGAUAUAGAGAGGCACAAGAAGGACCAACAGAGUCGUGAGCGGGAGGGGGCGUUGCUGUCCGCCCAGAGUCGCAUCGCCAAACUGGAGGCGGAGAUGGAUGGCCUGAAAGCCACCCACAAGCGCUCCAGGAUGGAGUUUGAGAGAGACGUGGAAAAAGAACGAAACAAUCGAGAGGAAGAGUUGUCCAAGGUGGGAGAGCUGAAGAGACAGCUGGAGUUUGCCGUCAAGCAGGAGCAACGAUCCCGCAAGGAGCUUGACGAGACGCGGCGAGCCAAGAUGGACAUGAAGGCCAACUACGAGGCUGGCAUCCAGGACCUGAGACAGCAGAAACUCAAACUGGAGACCACUCUGCAAGAUCUUCAGAUGUCAAGUCGCUCGCAUAUUUCAAGAUUGACCAAUGAAAUAACAAAGAAGAAUGCGGACAUCAAGCUGUUGCAGACGGAUGUUGAGGAAGCGAAGACUCGACUACAGCAUCAAAUGAGACGGGGGAUUGACGCGUCUAGUAAUCUGAGAGCAAUGGAGGAAUAUCGCAUGGAACUCAUGAACGCACAACAAAAAGUCAAGGAACUAGAACACAAAGUCAGGGAGCAGGAGGACGCGGCUACCGUAGCCAAAGCCGUACAGAACGAUGCGACCAGGCUUGUGGAUCUGGAGAGGGAGAAUAAACAACUACAGGAUCAGAUCACAUAUUACAGGGAAGUAAACGAGAACAACGCCCUCUUGAAGGAGAAGGCUUCUGGUCUGGAAUCCAAGCUGGAACGUACCGAGCAGAGGCUGACAGAAAUGGCACAGCUGCAGGUGGAAAAUGAGGAUUUGCGAAUCAAGCUGACAAGAUGGGAAAGCAUGGACACAGAUGCUAGUAACAGACCAAGUUCUCCAUCUCAGUUGUCGGCCAAAAUUGCCAAUCUGCAGCAGGGCCAAGUGGCUCUCCUGGAGAAACAGGGAGUCUUCCUAUCAAACUCUCAUUCCUUUGAGCAAGCCUACAAUGUCUCCCAAGACAAGAUAGCCUCCACCAUGCAGGAGUUACUCAAGCUUCGAGAGGAUAAGAAGCAACAGGAGGACCUGGUCAAACGGCUGCAGAGGAGACUACUCCUGCUCACAAAGGAGAGAGACGGGAUGCGACAGAUCCUGAAUUCCUACGACAGCGAGGUGACCAGCAUGGGAUAUGAACCGCAAUGCAACGCUCGCCUGAAACAAGCUGAGUCCAACCUGCAGACCUGCCACCGACAGAUCGAGAUUCUUGAGUAUGACAUCAAAGCAGCUGUGGAAGAAGCCAGCAAAUCCCGACUAGAAAACAAGCAGCUGGAAACUUGGCUCGCCCAGAUGCAGAGUGAGCUGUCCCUGGCUAAGACGACCCCGCCCAUCCCACCACAAUCCCUGAACUCGAUCACAGACGAUGCUUCAGGAGGCGAUGGCAAAGAGGUCCAGACACUGAAGACGAGAAUCACGGAGCUGGAAGAAGAGAACGGCAGGCUGGCCGAGAGGAACGAGAACCUGGAUGUACUGCUGGAACGCCGGGCACUGAAGGGUGAUUAUGACCCCACCAAAACCAAGAUCAUCAGUUUCGCCCAGAACCCGGCUGCCUUGGCGCGUCAGGAGAGAGCCGCCGAGACCAAACACCUCAAGGAGGAAGUGGAGAGACUGAGGAACAGGGUGCAGGUCUUGAAGGAGGGCGGGGCCGGGGAAGAUGUCACGCAGGUCGUCAUGGAGAAGAUGAAGGAGUCCACUACUCAGGAGGUCGAAGAUCUUAAGAAACAAUUGUCUGAGUCAGAGCUGCGCAACCAACGACUCAAAGAGGUCUUCCAGAAAAAGAUCCAGGAGUUCCGGGAGGCGUGUUACCGGCUAACAGGGUACCAGAUGAACAUAUCCAGCGACAACCAGUACAGACUCAUGUCCAUGUAUGCCGAGCAGGAGACCGAUGUGCUGCUUUUUCAGGCAACAUCAUCCGGCGAGAUGCAGCUUCUCGAGAACGACUUCUCCUCCACCCUGACAGACUUCAUCAGCUCGUUCCUCCACCAACAGGACAGUAUCCCAGCAUUCCUUAGUAGCGUGACCCUUGACCUGUACAGCCGACAGACCAUGGUUGGUUGAACCAAGCGAGACAUUGACGUCUCUCCGAUGAUGAACGCUAACAAUUUACAAAUAUCUUGCGGAUUUUGGCCAUUUUCCCAAACUGUGGUUUCAACUGCAGCUCCACCUUAUCCUUGCCUCCAGAAUCAUUUGGGAGCAGUUAAUGUUUAAACCAAAUUGAAAGUGGCCUGCACAAGUACCCCCUCAACGAUUACAAAAGGAGAGUUGGGGGAGACCACUGGGAGAGACAUUUGAACUCAUAACUGAUGUUGCCCGACGCUCGUGCGACGAUGUUACAGGUUUGUGCUCAUUCAGAAUUAAAAAAAGUUGUGCGCCACACGAACGCCAACCAGUACACACACGUUGUGUGUCCUGUCAACUGGCGCUUGAGAGUGGUCAAACAGCGCCCUCUUGUGUUUGCGCAUGGAGACUAUACUAAAACACACUUGAUCUCGCUACUUCUGGUUGGAGUUCUUAAUGAAAUGAGAAGAAUAGGCACUGUUGAUGAAAUUUAAACGUCUUACAAUUAUUUAAAUGGAAUUUUGAAGGGAAAACUAAAAAAACAUUAAAGGUAUAUUUGUAUUAAGGCACCAAUAACUAAAAUCUGUAUUGGUCAUUCUAUAAAUUUGGGGUCCCAAUUUUCUGUCCCUGUUACAUCUGACAUCUCUGAUUUUAUAAUUCGGAUGAACUCCUACAUGCAGUCGUUCUCCAAGAGUGAUUAUGAAUAGCAAACAACCUACCCAACAAAUAAAUAAUUUGAAGUCAUUCUUGACAAUACUUGAAUGGUAAAUUACAAAGGACCAAGGUAACAGAUACAGGAAAAAAUAUCACACUUGGGAUGCUAAAUUUAUAGAAUGAUGCAUAUACUAUUCAAUGCAUUAUGACAGAACUAGUACUGUUACAGUUUUCAUGCCUGUUAUGUUGUAAAGGCACAAGGCACAUUUUUGUUUUACAAAGAAACCUCUGUUUUAGAAAUUAGUUUGAUGACGGAAACAAUUCAAAAGCCACAAAGGCAAAGGCCGAAGCAUUUUGUACCAAAGAUUCUCUCACAUUGCAAAGGCGCAUAUUUCACAUUUCACAAUACCCUUACAGAACUUAAAAUAAUUACUAGAGAUAACUAAUGCUAACUAUCUUUUCUCUGUGUUCUUAUGUUUGCCAGUAAAGUUAAUAUUUAAUACAA